AUGGCGGUGGCCUUGGAAUCCCAGGCCCAGGCCUCACCCCUGCCAGAGCCAGAAGGAUUACUGAUUGUGAAGCUGGAGGAGGACUCAUCCCAGGAGGAGGACCGGGACCCAGUCCCUGUCCCUGUCCCUGAGGCCUCCCGCCAACGCUUCAGGCAGUUCCAGUACAAGGAUGCAGCUGGACCCCAUGAGGCCUUCAGUCAGCUCUGGGAGCUGUGCUGUCGCUGGCUGAGGCCAGAGAUCCGCCUCAAGGAGCAGAUCCUAGAGCUGCUGGUGCUGGAACAGUUCCUGACAAUCUUACCUACAGAGGUCCAGGCCUGGGUGCAGGCGCACCACCCCGAGAGCGGGGAGGAGGCAGUGGCCCUGGUGGAGGAUUGGCACCGAGAGGCCCAGGCUACCCAGCAGCAGGAACCAGAAUCAUGUGCAGAGACCAAGUCCUUAAAGGCAAUGCCGGCAUCACAGAACUUCCAGCCAGUGGAUCACUGGCCUGAAGGGCAGUCCCCAAAGCAGUGGGAGAAGAGUCCAAACCUUGACCUUCCAAAGCAUCUAAACACCAGGGUGAAGCCAAAGUCCUUGAAGGAGAGUGCUGUUCUCACUCCCCGGGUCCCUAUUCUCCCAAAGAUGGGGAGCACUGGCGACUGGGAGGUGACUCCUGAGUCCCAGGAAGCCCUGGGACACAGAAAACAUGCUGAGAAGGAAUUCUGCAAGGAACCCCCUGGAGAUGACUGUGGGAACAGCACAUCCCUGGGGGUUCAAGUCUCAAAACCAAAUGGUACGUCCCAACGAGAGCAAGCAUCAGAAUUUUGGGGUCCACGCCUUAUAAAUCCUGGGAAAAUGAACACUGCAGGAGAUAAUGUAGAUAAUGAGCAAGCAAAACCAGUUCAGACAUUGGCCUGGAAGAACACACGCACUUGGGAAGAGCAAUACCAAUGGGAUGUGGAGGACAUGAAAGUGUCAGGUGUUCACUGGGGCUAUGAGGAGACCAAGACUUUCCUUGCAAUUUUGAGUGAAUCCCCUUUUUCUGAAAGACUCCGGACUUGUCACCAGAACCGCCAGAUAUAUCGUGCCAUUGCAGAAAGACUAAGGGCCCGGGGCUUCCUGCGAACACUGGAACAGUGUCGCUACAGAGUCAAGAACCUCCUACGGAAUUACCGGAAAGCCAAAAGCAGACAUCCACCAGGAACCUGCCCUUUUUAUGAGGAACUAGAGGCCUUGGUGAGAGCUCGAACAGCCAUUAGAAGAACAGACAGCCCAGGAGAGGCUGUGGCACUCCCUAAGCUGGGGGAUAGUGAUGCAGAGAUGGAUGAGCAGGAGGAAGGAAACUGGGAGCCUGAGGAAACAGCAGAGAACUAUAAUGGUGAUGAGCUGGUCAUUGAUGAGUCCAUCCAAGGACCCAGGAUUCCAGGAGGUCCUGCUCUGUUCCAGAGUCGUAUAGGUGUGCACUGGGGAUACGAAGAGACUAAAGCUUUCCUGGCAAUUCUCAGUGAGUCCCCAUUCUCUGAGAAACUUCGCACCUGCCACCAGAACAGCCAGAUAUACCGGGCUAUUGCAGAGCGGCUGUGUGCAUUGGGCUUUCUGAGGACAUUAGAGCAGUGUCGCUACAGAUUUAAAAACCUCCUUCGAAGCUAUCGGAAGGCCAAGAGCAGUCACCCACCAGGGACUUGCCCCUUCUAUGAGGAGUUGGACUCAUUGAUGAGGGCUCGAACUGCGGUUAGAACAGUGGGGACCCUAAGGGCCUCUGCAGGUCUCCUCAGAUCUGGACAGAACAAUAUUGAUACUCAUGACCAGGAGGCCUGGGAUGAGAUGACAGAUGAAGAUGCCAUCAAACCUCCAAGCCCAUGCCCUAAAACUCCAGACACUGGAUUUGAACUGAGGCAUGAAGAUGAAGACCAGAUUUCAGAGCAGGAAAUUUUUGAGGAUUUGCCUGGAGCCUUAUCAAAAUUCACUGCAGAGGGUAUAGACAUUUGUCAAGCUCAGGAUUGGGAGGAAGAGAGUGAAAAUGAAAAUGAAGGUGAAAGACAAUGGGAGAAUCUUCCACAGGAGCAGUGGGAGAAAUCUUCUUCUGAAGAGGACUUGGAAAAACUCAUUGACCAUCAAGGCCUGUACCUGGCAGGGAAGCCCUACAAGUGUGACACUUGUGUGAAAAGCUUCAGUCGGAGCACUCAUUUCAUUGCCCACCAGCGGAUCCACACUGGUGAGAAGCCCUACAAAUGCCUUGAAUGUGGGAAAAGCUUUAGUGACCGCUCCAACCUCAAUACCCACCAGAGAAUCCACACUGGAGAGAAGCCCUACCGAUGCCCUGAAUGUGGGAAAAGCUUUAGUGACCACUCCAAUCUCAUCACUCAUCAGAGAAUCCACACGGGGGAGAAGCCCUACAAAUGUGGGGAAUGUUGGAAAAGCUUCAACCAGAGCUCAAACCUGUUGAAACAUCAGAGAAUCCACUUUGGAGUAAAUGCUGACCAUUGUAGUGAGCUUGGGGACAGCUCUGGCCAAAGCUCAUCCUUUAGUGCUGACUGGAAGAACUCUAGAGAGGAGACAUCUCCUGAACAAUCUCCAAGUAUCAGUAAAGACUUAAAUUCUCCUGGACUGCAUAGCACUGGCUCAGGUGAAAAAUUUUAUCGUUGUUCAGAAUGUGGAAGAAGCUUCUCUAAGAGCUCUGCCCUCAUUAGUCACCAAAGAAUCCAUACAGGGGAGAAACCUUAUGAGUGUGCUGAGUGUGGGAAAAGCUUCAGUAAGAACUCCACUCUGGCUAACCACCAGCGAACCCACACUGGGGAAAAGCCAUAUAAAUGUGGAGACUGUGGGAAAAGCUUCAGUGAGCGCUCCAAGCUGAUCACACACCAGCGGGUACACACAGGGGAGAAGCCCUACAAAUGUGUUGAGUGUGGAAAAUUCUUCCGUGACCGUUCUAAUCUCAUCACUCACCAGAGGAUUCACACAGGAGAGAAGCCUUAUAAAUGUAGAGAGUGCGGGAAAUGCUUUAACCAGAGCUCUAGUCUCAUCAUUCAUCAGAGAAUCCACACUGGAGAGAAGCCCUAUAAGUGUACUGAAUGCGGAAAAGAUUUCAACAAUAGCUCUCAUUUCAGUGCCCAUCGGCGAACCCAUGUAGGAGGGAAGGCAUUAUAG